AUUGCUGCUAUACGGAGAUGAAAAUUGUUUCAGAUGGAUGUGAAAAAUGCUUUUCUUAAUGGUGACUUAAAAGAAGAAGUUUAUAUGAAACCACCUCUUGGGCUCCACCAUCCUCCAAACAAGGUAUGUCGAUUGCGCCGAGCAUUAUACGGGUUGAAGCAAUCCCCUCGAGCUUGGUAUGCAAAGUUUAGUGCUACUACUGCUCGGGGUAUAGUUCUUUUACUUCUUUAUGUUGAUGACAUGAUUAUUACUGGAGAUGAUGUCGCAGGUGUUGAGGAGUUAAAACAAUCUCUCAGUCAAAAAUUUGAGAUGAAAGAUCUUGGUGUUCUGAGCUACUUUUUGGGGCUUGAAGUGACCUCUUCAGAUGAUGGCUACCUGCUUUCUCAAAUAAAUCUGGUUUAUCUUACUACGACAUGCCCUGAUAUAGCAUAUGCAGUUCACAUUGUUAGUCAGUUUAUGGCUGCUCCUCGCUCCACUCAUUAUGCAGCAGUACUUCGCAUUAUUCGCUAUGUUAAGGGAACAUUAUUUCAUAGACUCCAUUUUUCUGCCAACUCCUCCCUUGUGCUUCGCGCUUACUCUGAUGCUGAUUGGGCCGGUGAUUCUUCUGAUCGUAGAUCUACCACCGGUUACUGUCUUUUCCUUGGUAAUUCUCUCAUCUCUUGGCGGAGUAAGAAACAAGCUAUUCCAUCUCGCUCUAGUACAGAAGCUGAGUAUAGAGCUCUCGGGGAUACCACAUCAGAACUUCUUUCAUUGCGGUGGUUUCUUGAAGAUAUGGGCAUUCCUCAACCUUCUUCUACUGAUUUAUAUUGUGAUAAUCAAAGUGCUAUGCAGAUUGCUCAUAAUGAUGUCUUUCAUGAACGCACUAAACACAUUGAGGUUGAUUGUCACUUUAUUCGCCAUCAUGUUGCACAAGGAACUGUUUAUUUGGUUUUCAUUGGCUCCGCUGAUCAACCAGCAGAUCUCUUUACCAAGGCUCAUUUUCCUGAACGCUUUCGUACUCUUCUUUCCAAACUCAAGUUGGUUUCAUCACAACCACCUUGAGUUUGAGGGGGAUGUUAAGAUGUGAACAUAAUUAUAUUUAGAAUUAUUGUAAAUAUUUUAUACUUUAAAAUAUUCUCUUUGUAUACUUUAU